AUCAAGAUGGCUGCCCGCUGUGUGUGGAGUACUGUGUCAGGCGUGUGGUGCCUAGCCAGCUCUUUAAGCAGAGGCGUUUUCCAGAAAAUAAAUAAGGUUCCACUCAUUUGUGCUGGGAGUGUUCAGUGUCGGGGCAUCCGCCAAGUGGUGGAGAAAACAGAUGGCAAAACCACAACUAUUGAGGGAAUUUCUGUUGGAGCUUCACAGUGGCCACAGCCCCCGAACCCAGAAGGACGAUGCCCCAUCUGCCGGUGGAAUCUGAAGCACAAGUACAGCUAUGAAGACGUGCUGCUGCUCGGCCAGUUCAUCCGCUCGGACGGGGGGAUGCUGCCGCGCCGGGUUACGGGUCUCUGUACCGAGGAACAUAACAAGAUCGCCAUCUGCGUGAAGAUGGCGCACAGAGCAGGCCUCCUUCCGGAUCACAGACCAGUAUUGCCAGAAGGCCAUGUGCCAAAACCCAAACCCCAGCUGAACAGGUACCUGACCCGCUGGUCUGUACGCUCUGUGAAGCCCAUCCUCAGGAAAGGACUGAAGUGGUGCAAAGUCCGCAUGCCGGUGGGCGACCCCUGCCUCAAGAAUAACGUCCACUACAGCCUCAAGCCUGUCUACAUGAAGCACUGAGCGGCCCUGCUAGGAAAGGCCACAUGCACAUUCGUCUGUAAAUAAAAUGAGUCUGACCAGGG